GCGACGUCUUGCGUGUCUAUCGAUUGAGUAACAGCUGUGGGUGGUGCGCGGAUCAAAUGAGCAGGCAACGGUACGCAGGUACGCCGUCCCCGCUUAUAAAGCCUUGAACGCAGCGUGCGGCUGCUUCUGUGAGCUGCCGCCUUCCGAUCAGCGUCAGCCAUGAUACGCGUGGCCUCGUCGCCGCAACCGAUACUGGGAGCAGCAGCCCUGGGGGCCGUUGUGGUAUUCGCAGUGUGUGCAGCGCUACCCAGCGCGGUCAUGGCCAUCGACUUAAGCAGGCUGUACGGACAUAUGAGCUCAAAGAGGAACGGUGAUGCAUGUCAUCCUUACGAACCUUUCAAAUGUCCAGGAGAUGGAAACUGCAUCUCCAUUCAGUACUUAUGUGAUGGUGCACCAGACUGUCCAGACGGUUACGACGAAGAUUCCCGCCUUUGCACAGCAGCCAAAAGGCCACCAGUUGAAGAAACUGGUAGUUUCCUUAAAUCCCUCUUAGCUAGUCAUGGGCCAAACUAUUUGGAAAAACUGUUUGGAAAUAAGGCUCGAGAUGCCCUUAAACCUCUUGGGGGCGUGGACAAAGUGGCCAUUGCGCUAUCCGAAUCGCAGACGAUUGAAGAUUUUGGGGCUGCUCUUCAUCUGAUGAGAUCGGAUCUGGAGCAUCUUCGUUCUGUUUUUAUGGCUGUUGAAAAUGGAGAUUUAGGGAUGCUGAAAUCGUUAGGUAUAAAGGACUCGGAAUUAGGUGACGUAAAAUUCUUCUUGGAGAAACUAGUGAAUACUGGUUUCUUGGACUGAACUUUACCAGACCCUGCUGCUGUUUUUUUCGCUCACCCACAACCUCACGUACCUUUGAGCAAAUCGUUUUAUUCAUAUCUUCCUUAUUAAUCUAUGAAUUUUCGUACGUAUCUACCUGAAUGCCGCAUAUUGUUCCUAAACAAAUUGAAAUAUUACCGAUUUGGCACUUUGGGGUGUAAGUGCAUAGGGCCUAUCCAACGAUUUCUCUUCAAAAUUGUCAGAUCUCAUUCACAUCGAACACUUCGCACCAAAGUGAUGAAAUUUAUAGAUUGGUAUGCCGCAUUUGGGUGUUUAUGUACGUAAAAUGAACCUUGAGAGUGUUAACACGCAUUUCGAGUAUUCCAUCUUGGGGGUUAGUUCUGUUAACUUCUAAGUACCUCAUGGAAAUCUCUGCCAAUCAUCUAUUAAAUUUGAUUUCUGUUAGAAGCAGCAGAGUCUCGUUACCAUCCGUCCCCCGCCCCUUAAACGAAUAACUUCCUUCGAAUGCCUGCCACUGUCUCGGCAUGCAAAUCAGGAAUAUAGGCCAAUAAAAAACUUAUGAAUACAUAUCAUGAAGCACCAAUUGGAGUAACACUACAUAUCAAUUAGAUGUACUUAAAGAAAUAUCAUAAGGACAUCGUGUGAUCACAGUUUUAGAUUAUAUUAUAUAGUUUCUUAUAAAGUUUAAAUCUCUCUAAAUGUUUUUAAUCAAACGUAGUGUAAAAUGAUAUAUAUUAUGUAUACAAAGAGUUUGAUACUGUUCAAUUAUAUUAGUAAGGUUUCAUGAUAUUGAUAACCGUUCUAUUUCUCAGUCGAGACUCCCAGAACAAUUAUUGCGGCACUAAGAGUGAUGCAGUGCCACUUUAUUGUCUGUAAGAAUCAAUCAUUCACACUUCAGAAACUUGGGUAGAUGUCGAAGCUUUCAGAAUGAUUUGUAUUUGAACGAGAUGGGCAAAAGCUUGCAUUCCUCUGUUCUGAAUAUUGCAUUAUGUUUGGGCAAAUUGAAUUGUUUAGUUAAAUGGGGUAAAUGAUAGUGUGGCAUCUUUCUGAGCCCACAAGAUGUUCAAUAUCGUUGAACGAAGAACAGAAAUUUGGCUGAGGUACCUGAAGGAAAUUGAAAGCCUUAUCUGCUCAUUAUACGAAGUGUGAUUAUGAGCAGGGGUUGUUACACUGCUUCAACCCGACUGCUUCAUUUAUCGUGUGAUUUUUCUGUACAUAUCAUAUAAUAUAAUGGCAUAGAUCACAGAAGCGUUUCAAAGGCAAGGAUAACGACUUGACACUGAAAAGGUAAACAAAACGAAACGCUUUUAUGCAUCUUGAAUUCAGCACAAUCAUUCCUUGCACGCAUCAAACUUAGUCGAUAAGAAACAUGAACAAAUAAGUAUAUUUUUUCGUAUAAUUGAAGUUUGGUGUGCGAUAAAAUUAUGAAUGAUUACCUCGAUAGUUAUAUUUACACUAUUUUACAUAAAAGGCUGGUUCACUACGGUAUACAUACAUAUCGAAUGUUUUUAUGAAGAUAUCAUUGUAAUUUGCAUUAUUCGAUUGUAAAGUGAAAUUUCUAAUUAAAUGAAUAUAUUAUCAAA